GCUUAAAUAGUCGUGGCCUCAGGCCCUCCUGGACACUUCAAAAGGGCCGGCGCUUCCUCCUUAUACAACAGGCCACCGAGCCCAAGAGCGAGAGAGAGAGAGAGAGCGUGGAGAGCGAAGAGCUUCUCGUUCAGAUUUAGGAGCAAUGGGUGCCGGUGGAAGAAUGUCCGCACCCCCUACCCGUAAGAACGCUGAAACCGACAACCCCAAGCGAGUGCCAUACUCAAAACCUCCAUUCAGUCUCGGCCAGAUCAAGAAAGCCAUCCCACCUCAUUGCUUUCAGCGUUCUGUUAUCCGCUCCUUCUCCUAUGUCUUUUAUGACCUUACCAUUGCUUUUCUCCUGUACUACAUUGCUUCCAAUUACAUCCAGCCUCUCUCUCAACCUUUCUCUUUCUUGGCAUGGCCAGUUUACUGGUAUGUUCAGGGCUGUGUCCUGACUGGUGUUUGGGUGAUAGCGCAUGAGUGUGGUCACCAUGCUUUUAGUGAUUAUCAAUGGCUGGAUGACACAGUUGGUCUAAUCCUCCACUCUGCCCUCCUUGUGCCUUACUUUUCUUGGAAGUAUAGCCAUCGCCGUCACCACUCUAACACAGGUUCCAUUGAGCGAGAUGAGGUCUUUGUCCCCAAGCAGAAGUCUGCUAUUGGAUGGUACUCCAAAUAUCUAAACAACCCACCGGGCAGGUUCCUUACACUCACCAUCCAACUCACUCUAGGCUGGCCUCUGUAUCUGGCUUUCAAUGUUUCAGGGAGGCACUAUGAAGGCUUUGCUUGCCACUACCAUCCAUAUGGCCCCAUCUUCUCCGAUCGUGAACGAUUGCAGAUUUUCCUUUCUGAUGCCGGUGUUCUUGCAGUCGUAUAUGGGCUAUACCGUCUAGCUGUGGCGAAAGGGCUUGCUUUGGUUGUAUGCUAUUAUGGAGGACCUUUGAUGGUGGUGAAUGGAUUUUUGGUGCUGAUCACAUACUUGCAGCACACACACGCUUCAUUGCCACACUACGAUUCCUCCGAAUGGGACUGGUUGAGAGGAGCUUUGGCAACAGUUGACAGAGAUUACGGCAUCCUGAACAAGGUUUUCCAUAACAUCACAGACACUCAUGUUGCUCACCAUUUGUUCUCAACCAUGCCACAUUACCAUGCAAUGGAGGCCACGAAAGCUAUCAAGCCGAUUUUGGGCGAUUACUAUCAGUUGGACAGGACGCCAGUUUUCAAGGCAAUGUUCAGGGAGGCAAAGGAGUGUAUUUAUGUUGAGCGAGAUGAGGGUGACAAGAAAGGUGUCUUCUGGUACAAUAAUAAGUUAUGAAUGUGAUUAUCAAAAUUGUCCGAAUGAGUGUAGGGGGAGUUUUAAGUUCUGGUAAUGGAUCCGAGCUUCCCCUUUCACUCAUGAAUUAGGUUUCUUUCGUUGCUUGGGACUGUAUUUUAAUAUGACUAGUUGUGCUAUUUCAAUAAUUUUCUCACCCCUAUUUAUUGUAGAAUGCAAGAAUGUUCUGUGCU